AUGGAAGGAGAAUGUAAAAGAGUGAUGUGCACUAUUGGGCUACGUGGAGAGCCAUCCGUGGAUAGAAACAAUCAGCUGAUGCGCUGUGCACGAUCCGAUGAUUGUUCCCAAGGACAAAUGUGUGAUCCCAAUACGCACGUGUCCGAAAGGAAUAUGUGGAGAUCCGUACAAUGUGCCGAGAACAAUAAGUGCAGUCGUCCUGCAGUCUCGCUUUCUGGGCCAAGACAGGGAAGGGCGAAAUUUCGCUGUGUAUUCGGACAACAACUUUUAAUAGAUAUAUUUAUAACUGAUAAGCCGGCUAGUCGACGACGGCUCGUUAAGUUGAAAGUAUCAGGCGCUGAGCCCAGCCUACUCCAGGUGAUCACUGUGACAUUGAAAUCUUAA